CCCACAUCCUCCUCCACCAUGGCCCUGGUGACUCUGCAGCGCUCUCCCACCCCCAGUGCAGCAUCUUCGGCCAGCACCGCCAACAGCAGUGCGGGGGAGGAUUUUGGAAGUGAUGAAGACCGCAAAAAUAACCAAUGCCUCAAUGAGAGCUUCUUCAUGGUCAAAGGCGCCGCCCUCUUCCUCCAGCAGGGCGGCAGCUCAGACGCACCCAGCACCCCCACCCACCACAAACAUGCGGGUGACUUACCUCAACAUUUACAGGUCAUGUUUAAGAUCCUGCGCUCUGAAGAUCGCAUAAAGCUAGCCGUGCGGCUGGAAAGCGGCUGGUCGGAGCGGGUUCGAUACAUGGUGGUGAUCUACACCAGUGGCCACCAGGAUACGGAGGAGAACAUCCUCCUGGGAAUGGAUUUCACUAACAAAGACAGGAAAAGCUGCUCCAUCGGGAUGGUGCUGCCCCUGUGGAGCGACACCAACAUCCACUUAGAUGGCGAUGGAGGCUUCAGUGUGAACACAGCGGGGCGCUCACAUGUCUUCAAGCCCGUGUCAGUGCAGGCCAUGUGGUCUGCCCUGCAGGUGCUCCACAAGGCAUGCGAGGUGUCGCGCCGCCUUAACUACUUCCCGGGUGGCAUCGCUCUCACAUGGAUGGCCUUCUACGAGAGCUGCGUGGCGUCAGAGCAGAGCUGCAUCAACGAGUGGAACGCUAUGACCGACCUGGAGACCACCCGGCCAGACUCCCCCACCAUGUUUGUGGACCGGCCGACUGAAAGGGAGCAAACGGAGUGUCUCAUUAAAGCCAAACUACGCAGCAUCAUGAUGUUUCAAGACUUGGAUAACAUCACUUCCAAGGAGAUCCGCACGGAGCUGGAGCAGCACAUGAGUUGUAACCUGACCGAGUACAAGGAGUUCAUCGAUAACGAGAUGCUGCUGAUACUGGGACAGAUGGACAAGGCUACACUCAUCUUUGACCAUGUUUAUUUGGGCUCGGAAUGGAACGCUUCCAACCUAGAAGAACUGCGUGAUUGUGGAGUGGGCUAUAUUCUGAACGUGACCAGAGAGAUUGACAACUUCUUCCCAGGGAUGUUCUCCUAUCACAAUGUCCGCGUUUACGACGAGGACGACACCGACCUGCUGGCCCACUGGAACGACACCUACAACUUCAUUGUCAAAGCCAGGAAGAACAGUUCCAAGUGCCUGGUGCACUGCAAGAUGGGCGUGAGCCGCUCCGCUUCCACUGUUAUCGCCUACGCUAUGAAGGAGUACGGUUGGCCCCUGGAGAAAGCGUACAACUUUGUCAAGCAGAAACGAGGCGUCGCUCAGCCCAACGCCGCCUUCAUGAGGCAGCUGGCGGAAUACGAGGGGAUUUUGGACGCGAGUAAGCAGCGGCACAACAAGCUAUGGAGACCAGGGAGCGAUGAGGACGGCUCGGACGAGCGUCCGUCUUCCAGCCAGUGUUCAGGCCAGGAGGGAGAGGACGAAGCCUGGGGGGGCUGCGGGGCGUCUCCCUGCAGAGGUCUGGAGAUGGAACCCCUGGACUCCCUCAACUACAACUACUACUUCCGACGCCUGUCGGACUCGGCCUUGGACAGCGAGCCCUCCACCCCGGUGCGGGGCCCGCCGCUCCUCGGCAUGGAGAGGGUCUUCAUCGAGAUCGAAGACGUGGAGCGAGACGCCCUCCUGGAGGACGAGGGCUUCCCCAUGGCUCAUUUAGCGUUGCCGGGCGAGGGCACGGCGGCGCAGACGUGCGGGCGCCUGGACCCCCUGGAGGACAUGAGGCUGAGGCUGGAGUUCAGCACGCUGGAGGAGGAGGACGAAGAAGAGGCCAAGAAGGAGGAGGCGGAGAUGGCCGCCCUCGCUCAAACCUCCGCUCAUUCCGAGGGGAAGAGAUCCGGGGAAGAAAGUCGGCUAGGCUUCGCCAACUUGAACACCAACAACAGCAACCGGCUCGCUGCCAAGCGCAGCUGCCCGGCUGCCUUUGACGACAGCGCGAGCACAGGCAACCCUUUAAAAGUCAAACCCUCCUACCAGUCCUGUAAAGACUGCCUUCGUCUACCGCAAGGCCGGCGCUGCGAGCGUCCGGCGGGGGGGCGAUCGCACCGCCUCAACCCGUCUCGCCACUGCACCCUCCCCACCAUCUGCAUAGACCCGCCUGGAACCAUUUUCACUUCCAGUCCUCUUGUGUCCAGCAGCCACUUUUACCGCUGUUCCCCCACCACCACCGUCCCGCUGGACAACCGUCAAAAAGUGGUCUCGCCCAUGAGCUGCCAAGACCCAACGCACGUGUCCCACGCAGUAGAGACUAUGGAUGACGCUGAGGUGGAGGGACGUACAGGAAAUCCAGCAGAAAUCCAUUGAGGCGACCAAAUAUCGCAUGGAACUGGAGAAUCUGCCAAAUUGGACGCGAAGGGAUCGGCUGCAGCCUCGACUGAGUAGCCUGAGCAUGGGCCACAGAGCGGACUGUCCUGGCUUUCAAGCUGCAGGAGCUCUUUAAGGAGAACCCAGUCAGACUAGGACCAAAAGUCCUUCUGGAAACUGAGGAUCCUGAGGAUUAUUACAAACAAGAUGGAUGCUGGGAUCCCAGGUUUGUGCAAUGCAACGUAAAAUACCUAAAAUCAGUGUUCCUUGCUGUAUAUUCCACAAUUCAGCUCACUCACAGAAGAAACUGGAUGGUUGGUUCGCCAAGACAAGAGUAUUUCACAUUAAAAGCAUUGCAUCGUGCACAGGAUUUGAGACUGUGAGCGCACUUGUAGUAAGGACGGAUACUUCUGUACACUGCAAAAACUGAAAGUCUAACCAAGAUUGAAGCUAGAAAUUUUUGUAUUUAUUUUGACCAGGUGCUUAUCAGUAAUAGUGGUGAGGACCAAACUGCUCUUUCAGCAUUAACCAGACCUUUUGCCAAAUCUAACAAAUCCCCGCAAUGCAGUAUAAAAAUAAUAUAUUAUAGCAUCUGGGUAAUGUAGUAUAUAAACAUUUACUUCCUAGUUUAGAAUAGAAUAGAAUAGACUUUGUUGUCAUUAUAUCUGCAUAAAACGAGAUUAAGGACUCCAAUUUAAGGUGCGGUUGUGGGAACAAAUAUGGGAUAAAAAAUAAAUUGCACAAUAGGUACUGUAUUUUUCGGACUAUAAGUCGCAGUUUUUUUCAUAGUUUGGCCGGGGGUGCGACUUAUACUCCGGAGCGACUUAUGUGUGAAAUUAUUAACACAUUACCGUAAAAUAUCAAAUAAAAUUAUUUAUCUCAUUCGCGGAAAAGACGAAGAAAAUGUCAGCAAUCGUCACACACACGUCAACCAAUAAGAGUUCAGCGGGGUAGAGUUAUGGCAGAAGUGUGAAAUAUGAAUACUGGGAAAUAUGAAUGCGAAGGGUUAAAAAAAACCCCACCUACAAUCUGAUACGUCACAAAGCUUAAAGGGGAACAUUAUCACAAUUUCAAAAGGGUUAAAAACAAUAAAAAUCAGUUCCCAGUGGCUGGUUUUAUUUUUCGAAGGUUUUUUCAAAAUUUUACACCUCUCGGAAUAUCCCCAAAAAAAGCUUUAAAGUGCUUGAUUUUCGCUAUUUGCGGUGCGACUGUCCAUUUCCCUGUGGCGUCAUACAGGGCUGCCGAUACAAACAACAUGGCGGUUACCACAGCAAGAUAUAGCGACAUUAGCUCGGAUUCAUACUCGGAUUUCAGCGGUUUAAGCGACUCAACAGAUUACGCAUGUAUUGAAACAGAUGGAUGCAGAUAGCGAAAACGAAAUUGAAGCUAUUGAGCAAAUAGCUAUUGACGCUAUUCGGCCAUAACAUGGGUGUACCUAAUGAAGUGGCCCAUAGCAUGGCUGCCUUAUUAGCAUCGCCGGAAAAAUGUGCGGACCAAACGAUCAGGACUUUCGCAUCUUGUGACACUGGAGCAACUUAAAUCCGUCGAUUGGUAAGUGUUUGUUUCGCAUUAAAUGUGGGUAUCUAGUUUCAAAUGUACAUACAGGGAGCGUAAAUAGCAUGUUAGCAUCAAUUAGCGUAGCAUGUUAGCAUCAAUUAGCUGGCAGUCAUGCUAUGACCAAAUAUGUCUGAUUAGCACAUAAGUCAACAACACCAACAAAACUCCCCUUUGUGAUUUCGUUGACUUAAUCGUUGCAAAUGCAUCUGCAGGUUAUCCAUACAUCUCUGUGCCAUGUCUGUCUUAGCAUCGCCGGUCAAAUGUGAAGACACUCUGGUACAUUCAAUGGGGGUCUGGCGGCAGAUUUCUUGCCAGGGGUGCAACUUGAAUCCCUCCCUGUUAGUGUUGUUACACCCUCCGACAACACACCGACGAGGCAUGAUGUCUCCAAGGUUCCAAAAAAUAGUCGAAAAAACGGAAAAUAACAGAGCUGACACCCGGUGUUUGUAAUGUGAAAAUGAAAAUGGCCGGUGUGUUACCUCGGUGACGUCACGUUCUGACGUCAUCGCUAAAAGACCGAUAAACAGAAAGGCGUUUAAUUUGCCAAAAUUCACCCAUUUAGAGUUCGGAAAUCGGUUAAAAAAAUACACGGUCUUUUUUUCUGCACCAUCAAGGUAUAUAUUGACGCUUGCAUAGGUUUGGUGAUAAUGUUCCCCUUUAAGAACUUUGUAGUAAAAAUCUCCUUCCGUGUCUGUCCCUGACACCCGCAUUUCAGGCUGACACUGUGGAAACGCUGCCCACCCACACUGCUUGGUGCCUCGUCUGAGCUGCGAUGACUUAGAUUACCAUAGUAACUAAUUAGAUUACCAUAGUAACUAAUUAGAUGACCAUAGUAACUAGUAUAUCAUGCAAAAGCGCUAAAUCCAACUAUUGAAAUACUUUGUAUAGUUCAAGACUUCCGGUCAUCUUAAAACAUCACCGCACAUCAUAAUGGCAGCUACACUUCUCAUCUUAAAGAUCUCCAUCCGUCCAUUUUUCUACCGCUUGUCCCUUUUGGGGUUGCGGGGAGCGCUGGAGCCUAUCUCAGCUGCAUUCGGGCGAAAGGCGGGAUGUUAAUUUCAUCGGUGACAUCUAUUAAACAAGACAAGAAGCAAGGAAAUAAACAGAGACAUAAUUUAUGGACUUGUGUUUUUGCAGUGUACAUGGUGUGUUUGAUCCUCUUUCUGACAUUUUUAUCCCAAAAAAAAAGGUGACAAUGGAAAGCAUCAGUUGUCGUGCUUUCUGCAGUCGAUGUGUCGUUACGGACUUUUGCUCCGAUGCAUGGCUUCGCAGUAUUUAUGACCUUAUCUGCCGGCUAUUUUACUACUCUCACUCUCGUGCCACGCCACUCUUUUACAUUACGAACGCUCUUUUUUUAUAUUUAUAUAAUGUGUAUCGUUUGUGCCACCUAUCCAAAGAUGCCACGCACAGGUUGGGUUUUGGCACGCUGGGUGUGCCGGAAACCUUCACGGGGCAUGUCGGAGAAGACCGGGAGGAUACUCUAGAUGUGUUGCUUUAAUUAGAUCAGCAUCAGGACAAUACUUCCUCUUUUUCCCCGUCCUAACUGGAUCCCUGCUGGGAGCUGCCGGUUUGCUCCACGAGUUAGAUUUGAACAGCUAUUUGGGGUUUUUUCUUUGCCUUUUCCCCUCUUUUUAACCCUUUCAUUAAUACCUUGGCAGUGAAUGACACAGGUAUAAAAGCCAAAGCCAGUGAAGUUGGCACAUUGUUUAAUUAAUAAAUGAAAACAGAAUACAAUGAUUUGCAAAUCAUUUUCAACUUAUAUUCAAUUAAAUAGACUGCAAAUACAAUAUAUUUAAGCUGUUUGUUUACAUUAUUUUUUUUAUUCAUCUUUACUAUUUGGGCUUACUUGACCUUAAUUAGAAUAAAAACUAAAAAUCAAAAACUUAGUCCAUAAGUACACAAAUGUGUACUUCAUGUUUAGUGACAUGCUAAUUCUCAUUUUUACACUUUUUUCCACCCAAAUUCCAUUGUGCGUUAUACUCUUCUGACACCACCAGAUGGCAGUUUAAGUGUCCACAUAAGUGGCCAUAAGACCCCAAUUCAGUAGUGAACACAAUUUUGGAAAUAAGAGCUAAAAGGUGCUGUCCACGCUUGUGGCCACUAAGGCCUUUUAUUGUUUGAAUUGAGAAACAAACAUUAUUUUUUUUGCAAAUAAUUAUUAACUUAGAAUUUAAUGGCAGCAACACAUUGGAAAAAAGUUGUCACAGGGGCAUUUUUACCACCGUGUUACAUGGCCUUUCCUUUUAACAACACUCAGUAAACGUUUGGGAACUGGUGAAUGAAAGAUGAAUGAUGGGAGGUGGUCGGAAGCGGGAACUGGCAGCCCCAUUCCAUCAGUCUACCCCAGGGCAGCUGUGGCUGCAAAUGUAGCUUACCACCAACAGGUGUGAAUGAAUGAUGGGUUCUCACAUCCCUGUGAAGCGCUUUGAGUGUCUAGAAAAGCGCUAUAUAAAUCUAAUCCGUUAUUAUUAAUUUAGGACACCAAUUUUUUAAGCUUUUCAAGUGUAAUUCUUUCCCAUUCUUGCCGGCGGCGUUUCUGGGUGUUGUUGAUAAAUGGCUGUGGAUUUUCAUAGUAGAGUUUUAACUUGCACUUACAAAUGGGACGGCGUGGCGCAGUGGGGGAGUGGCCGUGCGCAACCCGAGCGUCCCUGGUUCAAUUCCCACUUAGUACCAACCUCGUCACGUCCGUUGUGUCCUGAGCAAGACACUUCACCCUUGCUCCUGAUGGGUGCUGGUUGGCGCCUUGCAUGGCAGCUCCCUCCAUUAGUGUGUGAAUGUGUGUGUGAAUGGGUAAAUGUGGAAGUAGUGUCAAAGCGCUUUGAGUACCUUGAAGGUAGAAAAGCGCUAUACAAGUCCAACCCAUUUAUCAUUUAUCAUUUAUGUGGCAACCAACUGUAGCUACUGACAGUGGUUUUCUGACGUGUUCCUGAGCCCAUGGGGUGAUAUCCUUUACAUACUGAUGGGGCUUUUUGAUGCAGUACCACCUGAAGGAUCGAAUAUCAUCGCUUACAUGCAGUGAUUUCUCCAGUUUCUAUGAACUUUUCGAUGAUGGGGAAAUACCUAAAUUUCUUGAAAUAGCUCAUUGAAAAAUGUUGUUUUUAAAUGGUUUCUAAAUUGUUGGACAAUUUUCGCACAUAUUUGUUCACAAAAGUGGUGACCCUUGCCCCAUCCUUGUUUGUAAAUAACUGAGCAUUUCAUGGAAGCCAAUCAUGGCACCCACAUGUUCCCAAUUACCCUCUUCACCUAUGGGAUGUUCCAAAUAAGUGUUUGAUGAGCAUUCCUCAACUUUCUCAGUCUUUUUUGCCACUCGUGCCAGCUUUUUUUUAUACAUGUUGCAGGCAUCAAAUUCCAAAUGAGCUAAUAUUUGCAAAAAAAAAUAACGUUUUGCAGUUUGAAUGUUAAAAAUCUUGUGUUUGCAGUCUAUUUAAUUUAUUAUAAGUUCAAAAGGAUUUGCAAAUUAUUGUAUUCUGUUUUUAUUUACCAUUUACACAACGUUCCAACUUCACUGGUUUUGGGUUUUGUAAAGUUCCGAGCCUGUGUACAAUGAGAAGGCACUUGGACAAUUUGAAAAGAUGUAAACAAACGGUAAUGUGAGAUUAAUAAUGUUACCCACAUGUGUUAAACAUACAUAGCCAGAUUCUGGUUUGAAACUGUGGUGCCCCCUAUGGGUAGGGGUGAAAAGUUUUACAAUCUAUAAAGCAAGGGGUGCCUACACCUUUUCUGCAGGCGAGCUACUUUACAAUUGACCAAGUGGAAGGGAUCUACCUCAUUCAUAUAUAUCAUUUUUAUUGAUUUAUUUAUGAAAGAGAGUUUUUUAGUUAACAAGUUAAAAGUGUUUAAUGAUAAUACAAGCAUGUUUAACACACAUGGAUUCCUCUCUUUCACGAAGACAAGAAUAUAAGUUGGUGUAUUACCUGAUUCUGAUGACUUGCAUUGAUUGGAAUCAGACAGUAGUGAUGAUAACUGUCAGGUUCAAACACUGAUGACAUCUAUUAAACAAGACAAGAAGCAAGGAAUCAAACAGAGACAGAAUUCAAUUUGGCUCAGUGAGGACAAACGUGUACAUCUGUACCCUUGUACAGUGUCGUUACGCUCUGCCGAAAGAUUGUACGCCGCCUCUUUUAUUUGGACUUUCCCUGAUUACAUGGCAACAGCUGUUUCUAAAGGGACGGGGGUCGUAAAAAAAAACAUCGCCUUGGAUUACAAAACAGUUCAAAAGAAAAGGUCGGUUCAAAGAAACGGUCGUGAAAGAGUUCAAAGAAAAGGUGCUGGGAACUUGGGCUGAUCCUGCUUUCUCUCCGCUUUGUAGUUCUCGGGUCAAAACAAAAUAUGUUAAUUACAAUACAUAAAAGGAACAGAACACCUUCGUGUUGAUUCCCAUCCUACACAGUGGAGUUUUACAAGCCUUCUUCUUGGUAGGAUCAAAGACAGCUUUUGUCUUCUCGCCGGGAACUCACGGCAACACAAAGUUUUGUGAUUACUUAGACACAAUUAUUUUGACGAUAACAUCCACUUUUUCAAAUGGAGGAGAAAAAAAGUAUACCACAUGAAAGUGGUUGGUUUUUGCCAUCUUACUCGUCCAGCUUCCAUACUCAUUUUUAUACACUUUCCAAAAAAUACUUUGGCGGCAAACUCCGUAGCUUGCUCGCUUGUGCGCGCCAGCUAUCUGAGACUCUUAUUUUGUUAGCGCAGGCAGGAUGAAGCAGGGCUUUUAUUGUGACGACAGGAACUGUGCGGUUGGUCUUCAGAGUUUUGACAGCAGGUACGGCGCAAGAGUCUGUUGAAAUAAAAAGUGUUUUUCUCCGUCCUGUCAGUCAUUUUUUUCUUAAUAAUAAGUUUACAGGACCCUCGGGUGCCGUGAAUGUCAAUCAAGUGACGUCUUGGGGAAGACUGACGAUCGCUGAUUUCGGUGUGGCGCCUUCCGGUUUGGUGGCUGCAGGAUUAGGUCUCUGCGUUUUGCAGAUGAUGUGGUCCUGACGGCUUUAUUUGGCCAGGAUCUUCAGCUUUCACUGGAUCGGUUCGCAGCCGAGUGUGAAGCUGCUGGGAUGGGAAUCAGCACCUCCAGGUCCGAGUCCAUGGUUCUCACUCGGAAAAGGGUGGAGUGCCAUCUCCGGGUUGGGGAGGAGACCCUUCCCCAAGUGGAGGAGUCCAAGUGCCUCGUAGUCUUGUUCACGAGUGAGGGAAGAGUGGAUGGUGAGAUCGACAGGCGGAUCGGUGCGGCGUCUUCAGUAAUGCGGACGCUGUAUCGAUCCGUUGUGGUGAAGAAGGAGCCGAACCGGAAGGCAAAGCUCUCAAUUUACCGGUCGAUCUACGUUCCCAUCCUCACCUAUGGUCAUGAGCUUUGGGUCAUGACCGAAAGGACCAAGAUUACGGGUACAAGCGGCCAAAAUGAGUUUCCUCUGCAGGGUGGCCGGUCUCUCCUUUAGGGUGAGAAGCUCUGCCAUCCGGGAGGAGCUCAAAGUAAAGUCGCUGCUCCUCCACAUCGAGAGGAGCCAGAUAAGGUGGUUCGGGCAUCUGGUCAGGAUGCCAACCGAACGCCUCCCUAGAGAGGUGUUUAGGAAAACGCAGGACACGUUGGGAAGACUAUGUCUCCCGGCUGGCCUGGGAACGCCUCGGGAUCCCCUGGGAAGAGCUGGACGAGGUGGCUGGGGAGAGGGAAGUCUGGGUGAGGUAGGGUGAGAAGCUCUGUCAUCCGGGAGGAGCUCAGAGUAAAGCCGAUGCUCCUCCACAUGUAGAGGAGCCAGAUGAGGUGGUUCAGGCAUCUGGUCAGGAUGCCACCGGAACACCACGGGGAAGAAACAGGACAAGUUGGGAAGACAACUACUCCCGGGUGGCCUGGAAACGCCUCGGGAUCCCCCGGGAAGAGCUAGACGAGGUGGCUGGGGAGAGGGAAGUCUGGGUGAGGUAGGGUGAGAAGCUCUGUCAUCCGGGAGGAACUCAGAGUAAAACCGAUGCUCCUCCACAUGUAGAGGAGCCAGAUGAGGUGGUUCAGGCAUCUGGUCAGGAUGCCACCGGAACACCACGGGGAAGAACCAGGACACGUUGGGAAGACAACUUCUCCCGGCUGGCCUGGAAACGCCUCGGGAUCCCCCGGGAAGAGCUGGACAAAGUGGCUGGGGAGAGGGAAGUCUGGGUGAGAUAUAGGGUGAGAAGCUCUGUCAUCCAGGUGGAGCUCAGAGUAAAGCCGAUGCUCCUCCACACGGAGAGGAGCCAGAUGAUGUGGUUUAGGCAUCUGGUCAGGAUCCACCCAAACACCACGGGGAAGAACCAGGACACGUUGGGAAGACAACUUCUCCCGGCUGACCUUGGUAUGCCUCGGGAUCCCCUGGGAAGAGCUAGACGAGGUGGCUGGGGAGAGGGAAGUCUGGGUGAGGUAGGGUGAGAAGCUCUGUCAUCCGGGAGGAGCUCAGAGUAAAGCCGAUGCUCCUCCACAUGUAGAGGAGCCAGAUGAGGCGGUUCAGACAUCUGGUCAGGAUGCCACCGGAAAACCACGGGGAAGAACCAGGACACGUUGGGAAGACAACUUCUCCCGGCUGGCCUGGAAACGCCUCGGGAUCCCCCGGGAAGAGCUGGGCAAAGUGGCUGGGGAGAGGGAAGUCUGGGUGAGAUAUAGGGUGAGAAGCUCUGUCAUCCAGGAGGAGCUCAGAGUAAAGCCGAUGCUCCUCCACAUGUAGAGGAGCCAGAUGAGGUGGUUCAGGCAUCUGGUCAGGAUCCACCCAAACACCACGGGGAAGAACCAGGACACGUUGGGAAGACAACUUCUCCCGGCUGACCUUGGUACGCCUCGGGAUCCCCUGGGAAGAGCUGGACGAGGUGGCUGGGGAGAGGGAAGUCUGGGUGAGGUAGGGUGAGAAGCUCUGUCAUCCGGGAGGAGCUCAGAGUAAAGCCGAUGCUCCUCCACAUGUAGAGGAGCCAGAUGAGGUGGUUCUGGCAUCUGGUCAGGAUGCCACCCGAACACCACGGGGAAGAACCAGGACACGUUGGGAAGACAACUUCUCCCGGGAAGAGCUGGACAAAGUGGCUGGGGAGAGGAAAGUCUGGGUGAGAUAGGGUGAGAAGCUCGGUCAUCCAGGAUGAGCUCAGAGUAAUGCCGAUGCUCCUCCACAUGGAGAGGAGCCAGAUGAGGUGGUUCUGGCAUCUGGUCAGGAUGCCACCCGAACACGGGGAAGACCCAGGACACGUUGGGAAGACUAUGUCUCCCGGCUGGCCUGGGAACGCCUCGGGAUCCCCCGGGAAGAGCUGGACAAAGUGGCUGGGGAGAGGGACGUCCGGGCUUCCGCCUAUCCAACCCGACCUCGGAUAAGCUGGAGAAGAUGGAUGGAUGGAUAAUUUUUAGCUCAAUUUUUUCAAUGGACUGACACACCCUCCGGUAGCUGGGGCUAAGGGGCACCCCUGAUUUAGACAAAUGCUUGAACAGUUUCAAUCGUGUUCAGAUUUCACACACUUGUCUGUCCCCGGAAGGUCUGUACCAUGCAUCUUGGUGGUUUGGCUAAACACCUGUGGGUGUUUAUUUGUCUGGCGCAACUGAGCUGUGAGAGAAAUUUCAAGUCAAUUUCGCUUAUGAGGACGGAGACACCAUGUGGCGUUUGUCUAGCAGAGGCAACACUGUAACUUUAAAGUAGCAAUGAUUGUCACACACACACCAGGUGUGGCGAAAUGAUCUCCUGCAUUUGACCCAUCACCCUUGAUCACCCCCUGGGAGGUGUGGGGAGCAGUGAGCAGCAGCGGUGGCCGCGCCCGGGUUAUCAUUUUUGGGUGAUUUAACCCCCAAUUCCAAACCUUGAUGCUGAGUGCCGAGCAGGGAGGUAAUGGGUCCCAUUUUUAUAGUCUUUGGUGUAACUUGGCCUGGGUUUUGAACUCACAGCCUACCCGAUCUCAGGGGGAUGUUUGGAGGCUUUUUACCCGGUUGUGUUCCAGGUCACUCCACCCAGUUGGUGAAUUUCUGAAAAGUAGGGCCCAUAUUUGUUUGAAUUAUUUUUUUAAUAGAUAUUUCAUACACUUAAAGUCUAUAUAAGCCCUCCAUGCAGUUUUCUACGGAUGUGAAUCUGAUAAUUCACGAUUCGGUUCAGCAUUGAUUCUCGAUUCAACCACAAUUUUGGAUUCAAACCAUUUCUCGCUGUAUAUUAUUUUAUGUAAAAAUGGUAAUGAAGCCUUUUCCGAAAUGAUUACUGGCUGCAAAAUUGUGGGUUAAAUCACCAAAAUGAUUCCCGAGCGCCGCCACUGCUGCUGCUCACUGCUCCCCUCACCUCCCAGUGGGUGGAACAAGGCGAUGGGUCAAAUGCGGAGGGUAAUUUCACCACACCUAGAGUGUGUGUGACUACCAGUGGUACUUAAACUUCAACUAAAAACUCUAGGUUGCUGACGUACUACAUAUGGCCUAAAAUAAAGUGCCCCUCCCCCAACCCCCACCUGCGGCCCCACAAGGGACAAGCGGUAGGAAAUUGAUGGAUGGAUGCAUUCUUAAAAAAAUAUUAAUAGGUUUUUUUUUCAACAAAUUGUGUUUUUUUUUACCACAUUUUUUUAAAAUGAAUUAAUUUUUAAAAAAUCGUAAUUUGAAUGUGUGUCCAAUUUUUUUUCAGCACCCCUCCAGCGUCGCCGCUAACUUAUAAACCGCAGGUGUCAAACUUAGAAAAUGGAUGGAUGGAUGGAUGGAUUCUUAAAAAGAAAAAAAUAUAUAUUUUUUUUCAACCAAUUGUUAUUUUUUAACAUUUUUUUAAAAUUGUGAAUUAAUGUAAAAAAUCGUCAUUCGAAUGUGUGUCGAUUUUUUUUCAGCACCCCUCUAGCUUCGCCGCUAACUUAUAAACCCAAGGUCUCAAACUUAGAAAAUGGAAGGAUGGAUGGAUUCUUAAAAGAAAAACAUUUUCUUACGUUUUUUCAACCAAUUGUUAUUUUUUUAACACAUUUUUCUAAAGCUCUGAAUUAAUUUUAUAAAAUCGUAAUUCGAAUGUGUGUCGAAUUUUUUUUCAGCACCCCUCCAGCUUUGCCGCUACCUUAUAAACCACAGGUGUCAAACUUAGAAAAUGGAUGGAUGGAUGGACGGAUGGAUUCUUAAAAAGAAAAAAAUACGUUUUUUCAACCAACUGUUAUUUUUUAACACUUUUUUUAAAAUUAUGAAUUAAUGUAAAAAAAAUCGUCAUUCGAAUGUGUGUCGAUUUUUUGUCAGCACCCCUCUAGCUUCGCCGCUAACUUAUAAACCCCAGGUCUCAAACUUAAAAAAUGGAAGGAUGGAUGGAUUCUUAAAAAGAAAAACUUUUUUUUACGUUUUUUUCAACCAAUUGUUAGUUUUUUUAACACAUUUUUCUAAAAUGAUGAAUUAAUUUUAAAAAAUCGUAAUUCGAAUGUGUGUCGAUUUUUUUUUCAGCACCCCUCCAGCUUCGCUGCUAAUUUAUAAACCCCGGGUGUCAAACUUGGAAAAUGGAUGGAUGGAUGAAUUCUUAAAAAGUAAAAAAUGUUUACGUUUUUUUCAACCAAUUGUUAUUUUUUAACUCUUCUUUUUUAAAUGAUGUAUUAAUUAAAAAAAUCGUCAUACGAAUGUGUGUCGAUUUUUUUUCAGCACCCCUCCAGCUUCGCCGCUAACUUAUAAACCGCAGGUGUCAAACUUAGAAAAUUGAUGGAUGAAUUCUUAAAAAGAAAAAAAAAAUUAUGUUUUUUCAACCAAUUGUUAUUUUUAACACAUUUUUUUUUAAAUGAUGAAUGAAUUUAAAAAAUCGUCAUUCGAAUGUGUGUCGAUUUUUAUUCAGUACCCCUCCAGCUUUGCCGCUAACUUAUAAACCCCAGGUGUCAAACUUGGAAAAUGGAUGGAUGGAUGAAUUCUUAAAAAGAAAAAAAUGUUUACGUUUUUUUCAACCAAUUUUUAUUUUUUAACUCUUCUUUUUUAAAUGAUGAAUUAAUUUUAAAAAUCGUCAUUCGAAUGUGUGUCGAUUUUUUUUCAGUACCCCUCCAGCUUUGCCGCUAAUUUAUAAACCCCAGGUGUCAAACUUGGAAAAUGAAUGGAUGGAUGAAUUCUUAAAAAGAAAAAAAAUGUUUACGUUUUUUUCAACCAAUUAUUUUUUAACUCAUUUUUUUUAAAUGAUGAAUUAAUUUUAAAAAAUCGUCAUUCGAUUGUGUGUCGAUUUUUUUUCAGCACCCCUCCAGCUUCGCCACUAACUUAUAAACCACAGGUGUCAAACUUAGAAAAUGGAUGGAGGGAUGAAUUCUUAAAAAGAAAAAAAAUGUUUACGUUUUUUUCAACUAAUUGUUAUUUUUUAACGCAUUUUUUUUAAAUGCUGAAUUAAUUUUAAAAAUCGUCAUUUGAAUGUGUGUCGAUUUUUUUUCAGUACCCCUCCAGCUUUGCCGCUAACUUAUAAACCACAGGUGUCAAACUUAGAAAAUAGAUGGAUGGAUGGAUUCUUAAAAAGAAAA